AUGACUGGGGUCUUUGACAGCCUCGUCUCCGACAUGCAUUCCAACCAGAUUACCUCCAGCAGUUACCACCAGCAGCAGCAGCAGCAGCACUCGUCUUUGCACAAGCCGCAGGAGUCGCCCACUCUGCCUGUCUCCACCGCUACCGACAGCAGCUACUACACCAACCAGCCCGGGAGCGGAGGCGCGGCGGCGGCGGCGGCAGGCGGAGCAGGAGGCGGCAGCAACGGCGGCAGCGGGUCGCCCUACGCCCAGAUGGGCUCUUACCAGUACCACCCCAGCGGCCUCAGCGCUGGGCCCUACUCCACCAAAGGCGGCAGCUACGAGCUGGGAGGAUACCCCGCCGCGGCUGCUUACGGCUCCUACGCGCCCUACGCCUCCCGGACGUCGCCGGGCACCAACGACUCCGCGGAGAAAGAAGAGGGCGAGCCCGAGAUCCGGAUCGUCAACGGAAAGCCAAAGAAAGUGCGCAAGCCCCGGACCAUCUACUCCAGUUUCCAGCUGGCGGCUCUGCAGAGGCGCUUCCAGAAGACCCAGUACCUGGCGCUGCCCGAGAGAGCCGAACUCGCCGCCUCGCUGGGCCUCACCCAAACUCAGGUCAAGAUCUGGUUCCAGAACCGGCGCUCCAAGUUCAAGAAGAUGUGGAAAAGCGGCGAGAUCCCCGCAGAGCAGCACCCCGGCAGCAGCGCCUCUCCGCCCUGCCCCUCGCCUCCGGCCUCGGCCAGCCUCGCCUGGGACUUUGCGCCCCACCAGCAGCAGCAGCAGCAGCAGCAGCGCAUGAGCAACGGGGGCGCCAGCGGAGGCGGCGGGAGCAGCGCGGGCUCCAGCCCGGGCACUCCCGGCGGCGGGGCGGCGGCUUUCUUGGGUAACUAUUCGUGGUACCACCAGGCGUCCAGCGUCGCCGUUUCCCACUUGCCCGCCGCCUCCCCGCUCCUGCAGCAAGGGCCGUCUCCUCACCCGCACCAUCCCCACCUGCACCACCACCAUCAUCACCACCACCACAGCGCGGCCGCCACUGCAGGGACGAUUUUCUAGCGCCUCCCCCCCCAGGGCGCACGCGCACACAAGCCCCGCAUCCCCAACAGGAGACCCACCGGGAGGCGGGGGAGGGGCACUCGCCCAGCAACCCCCUCCCCGCCCUAGGCGGACUGAGCUCACCCCCUUGGUGCUUCGUUGAAGAAUUACUCUCCCCUCCCCCAGUGACCGAGCAGGGAACCGAGUGUGGAGGCUGGGGUUGCCAACUCUGGGUUGGGAAUUUCUGGAGAUUUGGGGGGGGGUGGAGGGCAAGGUAUAGGGAGGGACCUCAACCGGGUAUGCAAGUCAUACAGUCCACCCUCCAAAAGCAUCCAUUUCCUCCAGGGGAACUGGAGAUCAACUGCAAUUCCAGGAGAUCUCCAGGCCCCACCUGGACGUUGGCAACUGGCACAAGGAUCUGGUCAGGGUUCCUCACACUCCUCAAGCAUAUCAGACCCCCUAUCCAGUCAGAGGCUUUGAAGUCACUGGUGACAAUGGAAUCCGGGGAAGUUACGUGGCCAACGAGUUCCCAAAGUCUCUCUUCGAGCUUCAUCCCAGGGUUCUUUCUCUCCUCCCUCGCCCCCCGCUCCGUCUCUUCUUUCCCUUCCGUUUCUUGAGGAGGGAGAGGGGAGGUUCUUCCCCCCCCCCCUCCUUCUCUGUAACCUCCUUGGGCAGAGUUCCUUGUUCGCACCCCGCUCAUUUCUCAUCAAAUCACCAGUGCAGAAUUUCUUAUUUAAUUUUUUCUUUAAUGUUUUGUAAACGUUUUUUAUAGGUGCCUUUGCAGAUGACCUCAUUUUGAUGUUGGGAGAAAAAAAAAAGAUAAAUAAUUUUUAUAUGUAGAUAUUUAAAAUUUUAAGAAAAACCACCCCAGCUGUGUUUAAAUUAUCUUUUUUUAAAUGUUUGCAGGGCUUUUCUUCACAAGGAAAAUAAUAUGUUUGUAAUAAAGCUGUUUGUGCUGAUUCUCUCUCCCCCCCCCCUCCACUUCUUUGUAUAAAAAAAAUGAAAAGCGCCGUUCGACAACCUGGAUUUGUUUUUGUGAACCAAGAUUUGUUAAUGCCAUAUUUCUCUCUCUCUCUCUCGGCUUCCCCCAUAAAUCCUUUAUUAUGGUUUCAGACAUUUCCUCUUCUCUCUCUUGUCAAAACCAAUAAGCUACUGAUUUCUCCCCCCCCCCUUUCCCGUCGGUUGCUGAAACAUGACAAAAGUUAUUUUUCUUGGUUAUUUAUUACGAAAGCAGACGAACAAAAAAGAAAAGAAAACCCCGAUUUCAAUGUUCCUUUUACAAUAUGAAGAGAUUAUUUAAAUAAAUUAUUGUCUCCACCA